AUGUGGACCCUGCGGGCCGCCGUCCGCCCGGGGGCCUGGCUCUCUCGCGUGGUUCGCGGCCGCCCGGCUCUGAGGGCCGCGCCGCCGCCGCCCUGCCCCGAGCGCGUGCUCUCCGCCUUCGGCCCCGGGGGUCCGGGGGGCCUGCGGGGGCGAGGGGGCGGGGGCCGGGGGCCGCGAGCCGACGGCCGGGGAAGCGGGGCGGGAGCGGAGGAGGAGGAGGGGCCGGAAGAUGCGGAGGCGGAGGCGGAGGAGGAGGAGCUGCUGCGCAGGGAGCCUCUGCUGCCGGCGGGGGCCCAGCGCGUGUGCCUGGUUCACCCUGAGGUCAAGUGGGGACCGGGGAGGCCGCAGCUGACUCGAGCCGAGUGGCAGGUGGCGGAGGCCAGAGCGCUGGUGCACACGCUGGACAGCUGGUCGGUGGUGGAGACGAUGGUGGUCCCGACCAAAACGCCUGACAGGAAGCUCGUCUUCGGCAAGGGGACCCUGGAGCAGCUGACCGAGAAAAUCAGAGGAUUGUCGGGAAUCACAGCUGUCUUCCUGAAUGUGGAGAGGAUGUCUGUGCCCACCAAGAAAGAACUGGAGGCCGCCUGGGGUGUGCAGGUGUUCGACCGAGUCACUGUGGUCCUGCACAUCUUCCGCCGCAACGCCCGGACCAAGGAAGCGCGGCUGCAGGUGGCCCUGGCCGAGCUCCCCCUCCUCAGGUCCCACAUGAAAAACAGCAUUGCCCACCCGGAUGGACGUGGAGGCAGCUCUCGCUACAUCAUGGGGUCAGGAGAAUCCUUCAGGCAGAUGCAGCAGCGUCUCAUGAAAGAAAGGGAGCUGAAGAUCCACAGGGCCCUGGAGAGACUGCGGAGGAAGAGGCAGCUCCUGGGGACGCAGCGGAGGCGGCGGGAGGUCCCGGUGGUCUCCAUGGUGGGGUACACCAACUGUGGGAAAACCACGCUGAUCAAGGCUCUCACGGGAGACGCCGCCAUGCAGCCCCGGGACCAGCUGUUUGCAACGCUGGACAUCACAGCCCACGCGGGGCCACUGCCGUCCGGCAUGACUGUCGUGUACAUGGACACCAUUGGCUUCCUGUCCCAGCUGCCCCACAGCCUGAUCGAGUCCUUCUCCGCCACCCUGGUGGACGUGGCCCACUCAGACUUGAUCGUCCACGUGCGGGACCUCAGCCACCCUGAGACGGAGCUGCAGAAGGCCAGCGUGCUGUCCGCCCUGCAGAGCCUGCGCCUUCCCACCCCGCUCCUGGACUCCAUGCUGGAGGUGCACAACAAGGUGGACCUGGUACCUGGGUACAGCCCCUCGGAGCCACGCGCCCUCGCCGUGUCCGCCCUGCUGGGCCUGGGCCUGGACGAGCUGAAAGCUGAGCUGGAAGAUGCAGUUUUGAGAGCGACGGGGCGACAGGUCCUGACCCUGCGGGUCCGGCUGGCAGGGCCGCAGCUGAGCUGGCUACACAAGGAGGCCACAGUGCAGGACGUCCACGUGGUCCCUGAGGACAGCGUGGCCCACGUCACCGUCAUCAUCAGUGACUCCGCCUACGGCAAGUUCCGGAAGCUCUUCCCAGAAUGAAGAGAGGCCCGUGGCCCCGGACAGUCCUCAGCCUGAGAGUGAGGCAGGUCCCGCCUUGGGCUCGGCAGGUGGUGCGGCUCUGAGCUCACGGGUCUGUGGCUCCGGCAUCUGGGAACUGGUUCCCCUCCUGGAUGGUUCCGCCCCAGGACGUCACACCCCAGUUAUGCCCGUGGCACAGCGUGUGUCCAAACGAACUGGAACUUCUGGUGUUUCCACGAGCACAAAGUCACAUCUUGGAGCCAGACUAAGGGACGUGGCCGCACCAAAUGCUGAGAGGCCCCGAGACGGCGUCCUUGCCACAGAACGGCCGAGGUCCUCAGCUUCCGGACUCGCCUCCUUCCCAGGGAAACCAGAGCUGAGCACGUCUAACAAUGUGCUGGGGGUGGGGACUCUCCUUUUUGUCACCCAGACAGUCCUUCGUGACUUUCUUCCUGACACUCACAUUCAACGCCGUAGUAGUGUUUCUCAGGUUGCCUGAGAGCCGCACGUCCUGGGAUAAUAAAGGAGCAAUGUCUGCGCCUCU